AUGGCUCCCGCCCGCAAGAGGACGACCAACAUUGCGCGUCGCCGGCGGACCGACGACGAGGAUGAGAGCCAGUCGGUGGCAACGCUGGCCGACGACUCCCAGAGCGACGAUGCAUCGGUGCUCAGCGACGUGGACGAGGACGCCGAUGCAGACAACAGCGACCUUAGCGAGGUCGACAGUGCUCCCUCGCUCACCCAGGGCAAGACAAAGCGCAAGCAGAGCGGCCCGCGGGAUGCAAAGCCCCGGCAGCAUGCUCCCCAAAGGCAGCCCUCGCCCCCCAUUGCCCGCUCCGAUGCCGCCUUCGCCUCCCUCAAGGACACGGAAAUGAUGGUGAACGGCCUCAAGAUUGCCCCCGAUGGAAAAGAGGCCGACGUGGUUGAUUUCGACACUGGUGCGGCAGCUGGAGACGCCGCACCAGCAGUUGGCGCGCCCUCCUCGCGGACAGAGACGCUGGCGGAGCGCCGGCGGCGGGAACACGAGGAAUACAAGAAGAAACGCGACUCUGAUCCCGCCUUCAUCCCUAACCGCGGGGCCUUCUUCAUGCACGACCAGCGUCACGCACCCGGCCAGAAUGGUUUCAGACCCGCUGGCCGCGGAAGAGGGCGGGGUGCCCCCAUCGGAGGGCCCUUUUCGCCAGCCAACAUGAGACCGCAGCCUCCCGAGGCUACCGACUCGCCAUGGCAGCACGAUCUCCACGAGACGGUCAACGCACCGGGCUCGCAGCAUCAGCCCGAGCAGCCAUCGGCCGCCUCUCAACAGCACCAUCCAUCCAAUGCCUCCGCCUUUGCAUCACGGGUACCUCCGGGGUCCAGCCAGAAGCCCGCACAAGCCCGCAAUUUCUCAACAACAGUACACACGCACAAUGCCAUGGUCCGGGUAUUCUUGCCAAACAUGAAGAGCCCCAUCCAAUUCCAAAACGUUCCCAUCAAGCAGCACACUCGUCUCCCGAACCACAGACCGCCGCUCCGCCGCGACAAGCCAGUCCGCAUAUCGCUGCCUCCCGCGCCCCCGCGCUACAUCUUCCCCACGGUUGAGCGCUCCUUCAUCUUCAUUCCGCGUGCGCUGCGGCCCAACCAGCAGGGCUUCGGUCGGGGACGUGGCCGAUUUGGCUCGUUUGGCGGAGGCUUCUCCAGCAGGCGGACGAGCGCAUACGGAGGCAGCGUCUAUUCACCGAGCGUAGCCAUGAGCAGACGGUCGUCAAUUGCACGCGAGAUAGGCCGCGAAAACCUAGUCUCUCCCGCUGGCUCCAUCAUGUCACGCAACGGAGGCUUUGUCGACCCCAACCGCCCUGUGGUACGUCUCCCGCCUGGUGGUCCUAGAGUGCCCAAUGGAUCGUCCGUCAUAUCGCCUACAAACGGUACCGUGCAGCCGCCUUACCCACUCCCGCAGAAGCCGACUUUCCGCGAGAAUUGGCAGGGCCAGCUUCCCAUGCACCAGCCGCGUCCGCAGAAGACUGUGUCUGUUGCUGGUAUCGAGUCACCGGCAUCUCUUAGUUUCAACCCUCCCCAGCAACAAGAACAGCAACCCUUCCAUCAACAGGUACCUGCGCACAUUAGCAGUGCAACUGCUCCUGCUUCUGACCAGUCAUUCUAUCAACAUGGACGUCACGCAUCUUAUCCCAGCCAGGUAUCUACCGGAACUCCCCUCAACAAUAUCCCCGAACGGGCCAUCCACGCGCCAGCUUUCCAGCCGUAUGCGCAGCCCGGCUUUCAACCCCAAGCCUUUGUGCCACAAGGCUACUAUUAUCCACAAAACGGCGCUCAGCCCCAGUACAUGGCACCCGCCGGUAUGGUGCCCAUGUUUGUUCCUGGCGCACAGCAACCAGGCUAUGUCAUGCCGGUUACUGCUCCUCCUGUCGCUGCUCCUCCAGCUCCUGCCGGUCAACCCAAUAUGGUCGCCUAUGAAUCGAAUGGCAUGACAUACUACGUAGACUCUACGCAACUGUAUGCAGCUCCACCGGCGGAGAACUACGCUCAGCCAAACUAUGCUGUUCCGGGCAUGGGUGGUAUGAUGACACCAGGGCCAGAUGGAGCCUACUAUUACCCACAGCAGAUGCAGCCAGCCGGCUACUAUCCUCAGCAAUAA